AAUUUUUGGCCUACUUUAUAUAAUGAAAAAACUGAUGUUUGGAGGUUGAGUCAAAGGACAAGGCCCGCACUUCUUGGGACAGGGAGUCAAGUGAAAUGCGUUACAAGAGGCUUCAACACUUGCUUGAAAAAAGCAACAUCUAUUCCAAGUUCUUGCUUACCAAAAUGGAACAGCAGCAACUGGAGGAGCAGAAAAGGAAAGAGAAGUUAGAAAAAAAGAGAGAGAUGUCGUUAAAAUCUGCCAAGGGUCAGAAUCCAGCUGAUGGCAAAGAAGAGAAAUCAGCUGCCAAAAAGAAGAGAGGGAGAGAAGAUGGAACAUACAACAUCUCAGAAAUUAUGUCCAAAGAGGAAAUCUUAUCAGUGGCAAAAAAAAGUAAAGUGGAAAAUCAGGAUGAAAGCUCUUCUCACAACCUGUGUCCAGAAGAUUUGCAAAAAAAUGGAGACUCAAACAGUGUCAUUAAGGAUAGACUGUGUCAAGCUGUACGGCACAGUGCCAAGCAAUUCCUCGAUCCAGUACGGAAAUUUAAUGGACAGCCAGUGCCUUUUCAGCAGCCGAAGAUUUUUACUGGAGGUGUCAUGAGGUGGUACCAAGUGGAAGGCAUGGAGUGGCUCAGGAUGCUUUGGGAAAAUGGUAUCAAUGGCAUUUUAGCUGAUGAAAUGGGGCUGGGGAAGACAAUCCAAUGCAUUGCAACGAUAGCACUGAUGGUGGAGCGAGGAGUCCCUGGUCCCUUCUUAGUAUGUGGUCCCUUGUCUACUCUUCCGAACUGGAUGUCUGAAUUCAAGAGAUUUACUCCAGAGAUUCCGUUAAUGCUGUAUCAUGGAGCUCAACAGGAACGUCGUAAACUGGUUCGUAAAAUUCACGGGCGACAAGGAUCGCUGCAGAUUCAUCCUGUGGUCAUUACUUCGUUUGAAAUAGCCAUGCGGGACAGAAAUGCCCUACAGCACUGCUUCUGGAAGUAUCUAAUAGUGGAUGAAGGUCACAGGAUUAAAAAUAUGAACUGCCGUCUUAUCAGAGAACUAAAGCGAUUUAAUGCGGACAAUAAACUCCUUUUGACUGGUACUCCCCUGCAAAACAACUUGGCAGAGCUAUGGUCGUUGCUUAACUUCCUGUUGCCAGAUGUGUUUGAUGAUUUGAAAAGCUUUGAAUCCUGGUUUGACAUUACCAGCAUUACAGAAACUGCUGAAGACAUUAUUGCUAAAGAAAGGGAGCAAAACAUCUUGCAUAUGCUGCAUCAGAUUCUGACGCCUUUCUUACUCAGAAGACUGAAAUCUGACGUCGCUCUUGAGGUUCCUCCUAAACGAGAAGUUGUGGUAUAUGCGCCACUGGCAAAGAAGCAAGAAACUUUCUAUACUGCUAUUGUAAACCGCACCAUUAGGAAACUGCUUGGGAAUAACGAGGAAGAAGUAGUUGAAUUGAGUCCUACAGGCCGACCAAAACGCCGCAGUCGAAAACAGGUUGAUUAUUGUGAAGUACAUAAUGGUUCACCUGAUGACUUGGAAAAAUUGAUCAGCAAAAUGCAAGAGGAAGUAGAGAGAGAGAGGCCGGUGGUAGAAGUGAACAUUCCCAUGGAUUCGGAGGUGAACCUUAAACUGCAGAACAUUAUGAUGUUACUGAGAAAAUGCUGCAAUCACCCCUAUCUUAUUGAAUACCCACUGGACCCUGCUACACAGCAAUUCAAGGUUGAUGAAGAUCUAGUAAAGAAUUCAGGCAAGUUUCUGCUCUUGGACCGGAUGCUUCCAGAACUGAAAAAGAGAGGUCAUAAGGUCUUGUUAUUCUCACAAAUGACUAUGAUGCUGGACAUUUUGAUGGAUUACUGCUAUCUGAGAGACUUCAAAUUUAGUCGAUUAGAUGGCUCUAUGUCCUACUCGGAGCGAGAAGAAAAUAUGCAUCAAUUUAACACUGACCCUGAAGUCUUCCUGUUCUUAGUGAGUACAAGAGCUGGAGGCUUGGGCAUUAACUUAACUGCAGCAGAUACAGUUAUCAUCUACGACAGUGACUGGAACCCCCAGUCAGACUUGCAGGCCCAAGACAGAUGUCACAGAAUUGGCCAAACAAAGCCAGUGGUUGUAUAUCGUCUUGUGACAGCAAAUACUAUUGACCAGAAGAUUGUGGAGAGAGCCGCUGCCAAGAGGAAGCUGGAGAAGCUGAUUAUACACAAAAGUCAUGUCUUCGGGAAAUGAAGGAAGAGUACUUCCAGUAAUUCUGGGAUCAGCAUGUUAUGGCCGUUUCUUAUGGGGGAAAAAAAGGGGUGAUAGGGCAGUGAGCCUGGCUGGAAGAAACGUGUGUAACCAGGCCGCUUGUUGGCAGCUUGUUGGCAAGGUGACAGUUUGUUCUACCCAAGUGUUUUUAGACUUCUAAGAAGGAAAAUGUCAAGGCUGGAGGUAAAUGACAAGUCUGACUUGAUUAUCAUCUUUUUUUAAUCAAAUUAAGUCAACCAGAAGAUAAAGGGAAAAUCAGAUAAAAAAAAUCUUACUGCUAGCAGUUUACUAUAUUGCAAUAUAGUAUAUUACAUGUUUUUCAUGAUGUGAAGUUUGGAGAUGGGCUUUCCAGUUAUGCUGGCAAACUUGCUUGAGUAGAGAGUAUGCCUACUAAAACUGGUAAAAUUGAUAGAGACUAUUGAAAGUUGGUUUCUGGAGGUUUCUACUGAACUUGGUCCGGAGGGCAAAUCCUAGAGUUGUGAAAUCACCGCACAAAAUUACAGCGUUCUGUCUGCAUUUGUCCUUCCGAGUUUGAGUACUCUGUGAUAACCACAGGGGGGGAAAAAAAAUCCUUUUGGGGCCAUUAAUUAACGAGCACUGAACUGAACAGUAGUCUUUUAUUCUACAUCCAGCACAAUGGUGGUUCUUGUUGCAUUAUUGAUUAUCUAGCAGGGCUUAAGUCUAAGAAAACGAUGGCACUGAAGUGUCUGUUGGGCUAAAUUUCUGUUGUUUAGGUGCUAGAGGAAGUUCUGCUCUGCUUCUGUAGCUUGUUCUGUUUGCCAUAUUCAAACAUUAGUUCACUGUAGCAUUUCCCAAAUACUAAGCUCGCUUUAAAAAUAUAGCAAUUCUAGCAAUCUGGUAUAGGCCUCUGACAAUUAUCCUUAUAUUAAACAGUAAGGAAUUUAGAAACUUCCCAUAGUAUACAUAUAUUCAGGGGGGGGAAAAAAAACCCUAUGCAUUUUAGUGAGAAUCCUAUAGCUCAAACCCCUCUGGAACUUGUCUCCAAUUUGCACUUCACAGAGAAACAGCUAGUCCUUCGAGGGAGAUGGGGCAGGGGGUUGGGAGGAAAUUUGAAACCAAGAUAUAAGAAAGAACAAAAGUGUGAGGAAAGGGCAUGAUGAAGACUCACUAAUAAAAUGUGCUCAUGUGUUAACAAAAACAGAAGCAGCUUAGCAGAGUCUGAGCACAGGACGCUCCAAGACUUGCCUGUCUCCUUGGAAUAUGCGUGAUUGAGCUUGGUUUUGUUCAUGUUCAUCUUUAGUUAGGUAAUAAUCUUGUAUUAUUUCUUGGAUAUUUGGGCAGACAUCCAGAUUCACUUGUAGAUAGGUGUUAACAUGAUCUCUUGAAGAAACCAGCCUAUGUUGGAUGUGUUAAGUCAUGUCUGUCUAAUCUAUUAAACUGAGGUAUGUUCUGCAAAGAAACAACAUAUCUUUCCCAUAUUUCCUAUCUUGUAACCCUUAAUGCUGCUUACUUUGUUUCAACCAGCUUACAUUAUAAGGGAAGCAAACUCCAACCAUCUAUCUUUAUUAGCAAUGUUUUUACUGUAAGUAGAACUAAUGGCUUUU